CCCAUCAACCUACUUUCGAAAUUUUGUUUUAAAAAAACCUACUUUCGAGAUCAAAUCAUACACUCCCAACCAAACCACCGGUGUACCAAAUUCUCAGUUAACCCAGAAAAUCCAUUGAAGCUUUUAGAGUUUUAGUCAGCAGAAAUGGACAGUCGAGCUCGGAAUUUGCUUGAUGAAGCCCUAGGGCUGGACCAGCUGACCCAAUUGAAGCCGCCGCUGGGCGGAAAAGCAGUUCUGAUCGAGGACUGCGUAGAGACAAGCGGCUCCUUCGUCCUCCACCAGCUCAUCAAGCGCCUCCUUACGGCAGUUCCCAACUCUUCCAAUGUCGUCCUCUUCCUCGCCUUCGCCAACCCCUUCUCCCACUACGAUCGCAUUCUCCGAAAACUCGGCUGCAACUUAGGUGCUCAGAGAGAGAAAGGAAGGUUCAUUUUCGUUGACAUGCUUAAUGUUGAGUGCCCAGGUGAGAAAAGAUAUAUGGUCUUUGAAUUUCCCUAGCUUUUUUCAGCAAUUGAAUGUUGAUGAUUUCGUGCCACUGUUGAACAGUUGGAGAAGAAGGAAAAGCUGGGGGUAGAAGUGGAUUGUUUGCCUUGUUCGCAAACAUCACUAAAGUCUUGAAUGCCUUGCCUGAAAGUAACAGGAAGUGUCUCACUAUCGUGAUAGAUGAUGUUUCUCUAAUGGAGGUGGCUGCACAUGGAUCUUCGGAUCAUGUUCUGGACUUCCUUCACUAUUGCCAUACUCUAACAUCAGAUUAUGGAUGCUCGUUGGUGACACUUAAUCAUGAGGACAUCUAUUCGAGCAUGGACGGGCUGGUGUUUCUGAAACAGAUGGAGUAUGCUGCAGAUGUUUUGGUAAAGGUGGAACCUUUAGCCACUGGUUUGGCAGCUGAUGUCCAUGGCCAGAUGACUGUGUUGAACAGAGGAAGCUUGAAUAACAGGAUGAGCAAUUUCCAGUUCCGGAUCAAGGAAAACAGUGUCGAGUACUUCUAUCCAGGAGCUCGAGCUUGAAAGAGCCAUAGGUCAUUUGUGUGUAGGAGCUAGAACCCUUAUCACUGCGAGACAGUUUUUAAGCUUGCAGGAGUAGAUGGAACAUAUUCCCAUGGAGGAAAAACCCCAUCAGAACGAUAUAUGAUAGGAUUCAUUCGUAUCAGAUUGUUUGAUUAGUAAUCUUGUGCCGUUAUGCCUGCUGUUAUUGUCCUGUUUAUGUUGGUAAGGAGAUGUGUACAGUCAACUUCCUCCCUGGUUUUACUCUCAGUAAUUUUUUUGCUUAAUCAAGAUGUACAUAAAAACAGAAUUCAAUUAGGAUGAUUACAAGACAGAGGAAAGCCAGCAAUUAGAAAGAAAAAUCUUGGAGAGCAACAGUCUGCUGCUGUGCCUGUAC